AUGGAACCGCAUACACGAUUUGCUGUCACGGCGUGGCGUGAUAGUCAGGAGCUGCUUCAGCUGCGCCAGGACCUGUACAGUCCAGAAACUAGUAGGAAAGAGCAAGCAGUUAACAAGGUGUUUGCUUGGCGACUACGGAAACCUGAUGGAUUGCCACUGCUGCUAGACUCGACAGCAGACAUUGUGGAUGUAGUGCUUCAAGAUGCACGGGGCGGUUUGCAACACAACGCACUGCGGCUGCUGUAUGCUACUGCGAUAUCAAGGUUCGUAACCGGCAUAGCAGAUACGCAAAUCGACUUGACCCGCGACCGCCCCUCAUGGUUUCCCCCAGGGAAAUCCCUUCAGCUCCCCAUUACCCUCCUGGAAACCCGCCACCGCAUCGUCCACCGGCACCUCCCUUCCCUCGCAGAGCUAAAGCGGGCUGCUACCGAGUCGCUCGAGUGGCUCUGGGAGUGGUACUGGAUCCAACUGGACUAUGCAUUCAAGACCGGCAGUGCACUCGUCGCGGCAGAAGAAGAUGAAGAACUCGGUGUCCAGAGCAGGGAAGUGGUGCGAGAGAAACUCCAAAGUAUCCUCAAAGCAUAUGUCAAAGAGCGGAAAGGUGAGAUCAAGAAUAGGAAGAAAGACGACACCAAAGCUGCCGAAACAGCUCUAUCCACAUACAACCUUCGUUUUGCUCCUAAUGCUACGACGACACCUUCUUCACAUACACAACGCGCGCUACUAGAGCUACUAGUGCAAGGGAAGAUGAUAUUACCCACGGAUAAAAAGUUGGGCAGUACCAUGUCUGGCGCAUUUAUCAUCUGGACACCUUUGUUACGCGCUUUCUGCAGCAGCGUCUUGAACUUUGCGGGACUGGUUGCGCAUCUUACAGGUUUCAUGAAUGCUUCGUCAAGGGAAAUGGUGCACCCAGAGAUGGAUCCUGUUCGGGACGGUCUGCAUGAAUGGGCACUACAUCUCCUCACGUCAAAGGACUGGGCAGCCUUGAGACAAACCGCGAAGAAUGAUGUUGUGGAACUGACUCUUAGUCACUGUUUCUCGGAUCCUACAUUUUGGAAUUUGAAACUAGCUGACAAGUUACUGGAGAAGGGAAGUGUAUCGAAUGAGAAAUCAUGGCGAGCAGUGCUUGAUGCUGCUAGGGUGGAUGGAACCGGUGAGAAGAUGGAUGUUGAUGUUCAAGUCGAGAGCAUUGAGCGGGCCUUACCGGUUAGAGGAAAUGAAGGCAAAGAGGAUGUGGUCAAGGAGAAGGUAAAGGGGCCAACCAAGAUGCUGGGCAUGUGGAAAUCCAAGCCUAUCGGAUGGUUGCCUCAGGGUUGGGAGGACGAUGAAUGA